AUGUCAGAGCAACACCUUCCUGAAAAGGCAAUCGACUUGGACGACCAGUCUCAUGCCGAUAUAAGGAAGGUCAACUUUGAUUAUAGCGUCAUUCUCUUCGACCGAGUAGAGAAAGCUCAUAACUUUGUGUUAAAAAGACUCCUUGUCAUGAUUGGAUUAGGAAGGUUAACUGACGGCCAAAACAUCAAUGUGGACAUCACUAACACAGUUAUUAUCAUGACCUUUAAUCUUACCGGAACGGCGAAAGAUUCUUCCUUGCAGAUUGCUAGGGAAAUACUAAUCGACGAGGUCACGAAGCAUUUUGAACCUGAGGACCUCAAUCGAUUCGAUGAGAUAGUAAUAUUUGAUCCGCUAUCUCAUGAUCAACUUAGAAAGGUGGCUCGGUUUCAAAUGAUUGAUAUUGCUCUUCGGCUUGCUCAGAGAGGUGUCGCAUUGUCUGUAACAAAUGCUGCUUGGGACGUAGUUGUAUCUCAAUCUUACCAUCGGUUCUACGGGGGAAAUCCGAUCCAUCCGAUCAAGAGAAGGUUGGCCAAGAAAAUUGUGACCCGACUGUCCCAGAUGCUCAUACAGGGUAAGAUUGAUGAUGACUCGAUCGUCUACGUCGAUGCUGUUCCAGGCGUGAAAGAGUUGUCUUAUGAGGUGAAGAGGAAGAAUAAUAAUAAUGGAGGUCUUGCUGAUGCCGAGAAGUCCGACAUCCUUAUGGAGAUACCUGCGAACGAGAUGACAGCGAUCCUGCACUUGCUACAAUUUACUAAUCCUUUCAUCUCUGAAAUUAUAAUUUCAAAUAUAAUGAUACUUUUAUUGAGAGACUCUUAG